UCACUCACUCCCCCACCUGCUUCCAUUACAAUCAAAUACCAUUCCAAAUCCACAAAAUCAUCUAUUCUAACAAGCAAACAAGCAAAAGACCAUCUUCCUUAUUACGAUCAACCUUAUCCCCCAUUCCAAAAUGGUGAAGUCUCAGUCCCCCUCUACCUCUUCCUCCUCUUCCUCGUCCGCCGCCGCUGCCGCCGCCGUCUCCCGCGGCCAGAAAUGCAGAAACCAGAAGCAAUACAAAGGAGUAAGAAUGAGAAGCUGGGGCUCCUGGGUCUCCGAAAUCAGAGCCCCGAAUCAAAAGACUCGAAUUUGGCUCGGCUCCUAUUCCACUCCUGAAGCCGCCGCCCGUGCGUACGACGCCGCCCUCCUCUGCCUCAAGGGCUCCUCCGCCUCCCUCAACUUUCCCCACUCCUCCCCUCACCACCCCCCUUCCUCCCUCCUCUCCCCCAAAUCCAUCCAACGCAUCGCCGCAGCAGCCGCCGCAGCCGUCAGCACCCCACCGCCUCUCUCGCCGCCAUCCUUUUCCUCCACCUCCACCGCCGACGCCGCCGCUGCGGCAGCCGAGGAGGAAAUGUCAUCUUCGCCGCCACCGCCGGCCACGCAACCUGACAUUUUGGUGGACUUUGGAGCUUUCCAGUCGCCUAAAUGCUUCGUGGAUCCGACAUGGAACCCGUUUGGAUUCUUUGCUCCGUCUCAUCAGGCGGAGGAGUUUGACGAGAUUGGUGAUCUUAGUCUCUGGAGCUUCUGCUAAUGAUCUCUGUAAUUUGUGACUCGUAAAUUUUUAAUUAUUUUUUAGUUUUUAGAAGGAAGAAACUGACAUGGAGGCGUUUGGUUUCGUGGUCAAGUAUUGGAGAUAACUUCGGCGUUAACGGAACUGCUAAAAUUUGAGGGCUGUUCCCUUGGGCUUUAAUUACAGUGUGUUCUAAUGGUCUUGAUUCGUUUGGUAUUUUUGGUAUAUUUGUAAAACUUUUGCUUGUCUGAGUAAUUUAAUGGAUUAUAUGAUGUUAUAGUAGAAA